AUGACUACAAACGACGAGGCUGAGACAAAGAAGAUGUGGGCGAACCUCUAUGUACUGGCGGAUGCAGCGGCUAUGGUGUAUGAUGAAGAACAACGCGAAAGAAAAGGAAAGGCCAAGAUUGUCUCUGAGGAAGAAGAUGAAGAGAGCAAGAAGAAGAGCUUCUUCGAUCUUGUCCCAAGAAAGAUAAGCACAAGCUCCAUGAGCCAUGCGAUGUCUCAGUGGAGUCGUAGUAGUAAGGCUGCUCUUUUUUCAAGAACAACGAGGUGGCUUAUUCAGGUGAUGAGAGACAUGAACGGAGAAGUCCCCAAACUCAUCUGUGAGAAGACUCUGAUCGUGGCUGAUGUCAACCCAAAGAAGAGCCGUCUCUCAAUACCAUUCAACCUUUUAAUCAGAAACGACUUCUUGACGGCUGUAGAAUCGAGAAUCAUAGAAGAAGACAUCAACAAAGAUGAGAAUAUCGGAGUGGGAGCGCUUCUGGUGGAUCAAAGGACUAAAAUUUGGGGUGUGAUUUUGAAGAAAUGUGAUAUGAAGAACGGAAGCUGGGAUUACAGUUUGGUUUGUGGGUGGGACGACGUCGUUAAGGCUAAUGGAUUCAAACACGGCGACUACAUCAGUCUCUGGUCUUUCAGAUGCCGUGGAAUCCUCUGUUUUGCUCUUGUUCCUCCCUCACAAUGA